CACCGCCCGUUUCCACUGGGCAGCCUUGAGUAUGUCUGGUGCGCUAUACGCAGGGCAUCGUCCUAAGUGUCAGACGUAGUUGAUUAUAUAUCACAAGCGGUAUAAACAUGACACAAUAGUCAGCGUUUGAAUUCAGCAUGAUUUGUUUUUUGUUUGAUUGAUUUUCUGCAGGCUGUGAAAUCAUCAGAUUUGGCCUUCUGUGAGGAAGCGCACUUUCUGAAAUGACACAUGUGUUACCUGCACGAUCCGCGUGAUUUCGGAACAGUUUGAUUGGAUGAGAAUCCGCCUCUCACACAAAGGGCCAAAUUAAGCUCGUUCUGCCCUCCUCCCCAAGGUAUCUCAUUCACUUUUUUGGAUGGGCACUGCCCCUCCUCUCUAACCGUGACGAAAUAACAGUGUGCGUUAGGCAAAAUUGAACUUGUUGCUUGCCAGCACUUCACGGUUUCUGUCGCGCCGUUCAGAACCUGGAUCAUUCCGGAGUGGGACUCUGCAACUCUGGAGCAUCAAGGAAAAGAGAAAGGCGCACCAGGAGAUCAGUGCUGCUGCGCCGAUUUGGAGUGGACUUACUUGGGCACUUUUUACGCACGCAUGUUACGCGCGGGGACUAACUGGAUUUAAGGACACAUAUCGAUAUUUGUGCAUUUUAUGGAAUAAAAUACAUUUAAACAUGAUACUAAAUAUAAAGCACAUCCUCUGGUUAUGUUGUCUCUGUGAUGCUGUGACUGCAACAGCCUCCAGUGCAUUAUCGAUUAUCAGACCGAUCACUGGGUCCCUUUCCGGCAAGGUAAAUCUUCCUUGCUUCUUCUCCACCAUCCCGACCUCAGCACCAGUCAUCAAUCCCAAUGGAACAGCCAUUUAUAGCAGAGAUUACUUGCGAAUCAAAUGGACCAAAAUUGAUGGAGAAGUAGAAUCCACAGUUCUGGUGGCACAAAAUGGGGUCAUCAAGAUAGGAUCCAGCUACAGAAACCGUGUAUCGGUGCCCAGUCACCCUGAGGAUGUAGGCGACGCCUCAUUGACAAUGGUCAAGCUGCGUGCCAGUGACGCCGGCACUUACCGUUGUGAGGUCAUGUAUGGCAUUGAGGACACCCAGGAUACAGUUAACCUCGAUGUCAACGGUGUUGUGUUUCACUACCGGGCAAGCACCAACAGGUACACUCUGGACUAUCAGAAGGCUGUCCAAACUUGUCAAAAUAUUGGAGCAGCCAUUGCUACAUAUGACCAACUGAAAGCAGCCUAUGAAGAUGGCUUUGAUCAAUGUGAUGCCGGCUGGAUUGCUGACCAGACAGUGAGAUACCCAAUUACAAAGCCAAGGCAGGGCUGCUAUGGCAAUCUACAGACUAAACCUGGCAUUAGGUCAUAUGGGACCAGGAAGCCCAUGGAAACCUAUGAUGUAUACUGUUACGUAGAUAAACUUGAUGGCGAAGUGUAUUAUGCUCCUGUAACCCACAAGAUGACUUUUGAAGAGGCCAGUAAAGAGUGCAAGAAGAGAAAUGCUGUUCUGGCGACCCCUGGCCAGCUCCAUGCCGCUUGGCGACUUGGUCUGGACAGAUGUGACUAUGGCUGGCUCUCCGACGGCAGUGCUCGACACCCUGUUGCGGUACCCAGAAUGCAGUGUGGGGGUGGCCUGGUCGGCGUCAGGACCAUGUACCGCUACAGAAACCAGACUGGCUUUCCAGAACCGACUAAUAAGCUCGGAGCUUACUGUUUUAAAGGAAGGAGAGAGGUCAUGAACCAUGCUUCCUUUGUGGAUGUGUCUGUGCUUGAAAUCAUCACUACCACCAUCAGCUCCACUACCUCCACCCCCUUAAUGGAGAUUAGCACCCCUACACUUUCCAUAGCAUCUAAAACUGAGGUAUCAGAGGUAGAAGAGUCUACAGACUCAUCAAUUCCUACAGACCCUCCAUACAUGUUCUCUGCCAGUAUGGCUCCACCUCAACCUACUCCAAAAGGCCAAGAAGAAGAGUUAAUCACCACAGUCGCACUCACCAUCCAAGACGAACAUGAGGACACUGAUAAUGUAAUAGACUUUAACGUUGAUGACUUUGUUAGUGAAAAUGUAACUGAUGUGGAAUUUGGUCCCCAACGUGGAGACACAUUCCCAGCACCCCAAAGCACAACAGAAAGCACAGAUUCCACAGAGCGAGUGCCCUUUGAGGAGCCAGAUGAUCACUCAGUAAUUGAGAUCAACACAAUCCAACCUGAUGUCCCCAUACCAGAUGCCUCUCUCAUCACAGAGCCCAUGUUUGCUGAGGGGAAGACUGAGGAAGCUAUUCUGAGCUCUGGGAUCGCCACAGCAAUGACCUCUGACCUCACGGACACUCCAACAGAAUCAACUGAACUGACCAGCACUGCCACCUACUCCGCCCUACCAACAGGAGCUCUCGAUUGGCCCAUCAGACAGCACUAG